AUGUUGUGCUUCCAACUGACUCCUAGUACAGGACUGACGUUCGUGCGCCCGAGGGUGAACGCUACAACUUGUGCGCUGUCGCAGCUCACGCGCCGUGGAACGUCGUCCCGAUUCACACUCGCCUCCGCUGCACUGCGCAUGUCUGUCGACGAUCAGGAGCGUUUGACCGUUCGGAAGCAGGCGCAGAUUUGCCUAGAGAGUGGGUGCUCUAUCGAGGAUCUCGACGCGCUUCUGGAGCGCACGCGGUUGAUCCGGGACGAGUUGAUGAAGGAUGUCAAGGAGCUCAACGACGUCAUCACGAACCUGCAGGCACUGAGCGAGGCCUCUAAAAACCUCCCCGGUAACGAGGUUGCGGAGAAAGUGACCAUACCUGUAACGGGAAAAGAGGCACGUUUGGACGACGUUGUGCGGGCGGUUUUGCGCAUUUUUAGUCGCGCCGAGGACCACUACCCCAAGAUAGGUCUGCAACCCUGGUCCAUGGACAAACCCAAGAAGAAGAAGCGGUUCUAG